GUCGUUUUCUUACUCAUACAUUAGGAUAUUGCCGGUGGAAUAAUAAGGGCUCUAUGGAUAUUGGACUAGACAUGAAGUAAUAUCCCUCACACCGCUUGCUUUCUUCUAAAAUAUUACCCAGGGGACUUGAGGCUUCAGGACCAGGCAAUAUGGCGGAGGGGGAGGAGGCCAUGGCCCAGGAGGACUGGAAGGAGAAGUGUUUGGUCUUGGAAGCCCUGCUCAUGAAGUUUCGAGUGCAGAUCAUCAAAAUACGUGAACUCACAGCGGACAAGAUCCAGCAGCUGGAAACACAGGUGAUUGAUGCCGAGAAACAAGCCUUCAAAGCUCACCAGCAGGUGCAAUGGAUGGAGGAGAAACUGAAGGCUGCAGACGGCCAGUCCGGAGACUCGGAGCUGCGUCUGAUCGGGGCGUGUCAGGACCUGCAGAGCCUCGUGCAGGAGAGAGAGGAGGCCAUCGUGCUGCUCGAGCAGCAGCUCGAGGAGCAGAAACAAAACCGCCUCCAGGAUGCCAAAACAGUGGAGGAGAAAGCCGCCAAGAUCAAGGAAUGGGUGAUGCUGAAGCUAUCAGAGUUUGAGGUGGAGAAUGCUGCGUUGAGAGAGACCAAUAAGCAUCAGGAAGCUCAAAUCCUGGAGUUACAGAAACAAGUGCAGGUCCUGGAGCAGAGAUGCAGUGCAGAAGGUGGUGGAGGGGGGGUCCUAUCCAGGCCAGGGGAGGCCCAGCGACUGAGCAGCCUGACCUUUGGCUGUUUCCAGGUUAGAGGGAAGAGCCCACAGGUCUUAACUGGACCAGUGCCCUCCAAAAGGACCCUCAGCACCCAGCCAGAGGCGGAGGUGGAGGACAGAGAGAAAACUGAGAGGAGCAGUAAGCAGACUGCAGUCAGUUCAGGGACAGACAAUGGUGUCCAGAGACCGUCAGACAAUUCCCUGGAGGACGACAGAGUGAGAUGUGAAAACACUUGUGACAAAGCGGCGGGGGCCGAGUCUCGCAGCGUGUCCUCCAUGCUUUCGAGCGCCGCGUCGGAGGGGGAGGGAGGGGGAGGGUGUGAAGUUGACGGUGUGUGUGCGCUCCAGUACAGUCGCCCCAGCAGUGAGACGUACCUGACGGCCUCUGACGACAGCAGCUCCCUGUUUGACGACGACAUGCAGCGAACAGAACACCCCAGCUUCAGCCUACCCGGGUCUACCGACGGCUGUCCAAAGGGGAACAAGGAGGGCGCCAAGGGCCAUCAUCUGGAGGACUGCACCUCAGAGGAGCUCAACAAAUGUUUCCAGUCCCAGAGGCUUGACUCCUCAUCCUCCUCUAGCGAACCCAACACCCCGAGUCCCAUCCUCACACCGGCCCCCAUCCCCAAACGGCCUAACCCGCCCCAGGACCCCAGAGACACUCUCGCCUCCCCCAAACAGCCCCGGCUACGGCUCCCUGCAGGGUUCGGGGUGAUGAACGUAUCCCUGGUCAAAAAGCACCUCAGCCAGCCGCCAAUCAGCAUGGAGGCAGCACAUGGAGGACGCACACGCAACGCCCUAAGCAUGCUCCGCCCUCUCCAGCCCCAGGAGACUGACCUGGACCAGGAACAGGAUGUUGGAAUGGAAACGGGUAGAGACACACUUCCGCAGGUCCCCAACCUGCAAGCUUUGCCCACUUCGUUAUCCAAGCAAGAGUCAUCUGGCACAGAGGAGAUCCCAGAAAGUCCGGACUCUGCCAACACACUGCCUGGCAGCAAACCCCCCACCCCUCCUCUACACAGACUACCCUCCUGGGAAAGUCGAAUCUACGCUGUGGCUAAGUCAGGAAUCAGACUGUCUGAGACCUCCUGCACAGACCCUGCUAGCAAAGAUCCUUCCCUCCAGUCCUCCUACCCUGCUUUUUUGAUGUACACAUCCCUCAUCUAUAAUCACAUGACUACACCGGUCUACACUACUCUGAAGGGGAAGGCCACUCUGCUGAGCAGUAGUCCGUUUUCAGAGGAGUCCUCCAGCUCCGAGGAGUCAUCCAGUUCAGGGGAAGAGGAGGGCUCUUUCUGCAGCUCUCACACAUCUGGCUCCAGCUCCCGCAAGGACAGCAGCCCGGGGAGCCCACGCUCCCUCAAGAGAGCCGUGUCCAUGUCUUCCAUGACAUCCGAGAGCGACUACGCCAUCCCUCCCGAUGCCUACUCCACCGACACGGAGUGCUCCGAACCGGAGCAGAAGCUCCCCAAGACCUGCUCCUCCGCCAGCGACAACGGAAAGAGUGAACCGAUGGAGAAAUCGGGCUACCUGCUCAAGAUGGUGAAGACCUGGAAGAAAACCUGGAAGAGACGCUGGUUUGUCCUCAAGGAUGGAGAGCUGCUCUACUACAAGUCACCGAGCGACGUCAUCAGGAGACCUCAGGGCCAGAUUGAGGUUAAUGCCACCAGCAGCAUUGCCCGCGGUGAUGGGAAACAAGUGCUUCAGGUAGUGACGGGGAAGCGUGUGUACUACCUAAAAGCAGACUCGCCUAACCUCCUGGAGGAGUGGCUGAGGGUGCUGCAGAGCGUGCUGAGGGUCAAAGCCGCCAGCCCUCUCUUCACUCAGCCCAACAUCCGCCCCAGCAUGAAGGGACAACUCGUCAAGGUGAAACACGGCUACUCUAAGCGGGUAUGGUGUGCCCUGAUCGGUAAAACGCUGUACUAUUUCCGCAGCCAAGAGGACAAGUUCCCGCUGGGUCAGAUUAAGCUGUGGGAGGCGCGGGUGGAGGAGGUGGACCGGUCUCGUGACUCCGAUGAGGACCUGAAGACAUGUGGGCAGGGCCUGCAGGCCACGUCCUAUACCAUCGCCGUCCAUCCGCAGCAGCAAGGCCCCACCUACCUCCUCAUCGAAUCGCAGCAUGAGAAGGAGUCGUGGAUGUACCACCUGUCUGUGGCAGCAGGCACCACGGUGGGUAAGAUUGGCACUGAGUUCGAACAGCUGGUGGGCAAACUAUUUCAGCUGGACGGAGACCCAAAUUCUCAGAUCUGGAGGCAUCCUAUGUUGUGUUUCAGUAAGGAUGCUCUGCCAUCUCCUCUCACAACCCUGCCUUCACAAGCCCUGCAAACAGAGGCCAUUAAACUCUUUAAGACCUGUCAACUCUUUAUCAACGUGGCUAUUGAUGCUCCGGCAAUUGACUACCACGUGUCCCUGGCCCAGAGUGCAUUGCAGGUGUGCCUGGCCCACCCUGAGCUUCAGAAUGAGUUCUACUGCCAGCUUAUCAAACAGACCCGCAAGAGACAGCCUGCAGGCCAGCCAGGGCCCCUGCAGGGCUGGCAGUUCCUGGCUCUGUGUGUCGGGCUUUUUCUUCCGCAGCAUCCGUUUCUCUGGCUGCUCCAAGUGCACCUUAAAAGACACGGAGAAUCCAGGACUGAGGUGGGGAAGUACGCCAUCUACUGCCAGCGGUCCCUGGAGCGUGCGCAGCAGAAGGGGGAGAGGCAGGCCAGGCCGUCCCGCAUGGAGAUCCUGUCCAUCCUUCUGAGGAACCCUUAUCACCACUCACUGCCCUUCAGUGUCCCCGUACACUUUCUCAAUAACACCUACCAGGUGGUGAGCUUUGAUGCGUCGACCACGGUGGAGGAAUUUCAGUGUCGUCUCAACCAGGAUACUGCUAUAAGGAAAAUGAGCCAAUCAGGAUUCAGCCUGUACACGGACGACCCUACCGGCCGAGAGCUGGAGCACUGCCUGCAGGGAGGCAUCAAGAUUUGUGACAUCAUCGCCAAAUGGGAGCAAGCCUCCAAAGAGCAUCACACGGGCAAGUCUGAGAACACAAGGACUGUCCGCCUUACCUACAAGAACAGGCUGUACUUUUCCCUCCAGGUGAGGGGGGAGUUGGAGAGGGAAAGGUUGCUUCUGGCCUACCAGACCAACGAGGCCAUUGUAGCCGGCCAUUUUCCGGUCAACAAGGAACUGGCUCUGGAGAUGGCUGCCCUGCUGGCACAGGUGGAGUUUGGGGAUUUCGAACGUCCAUUCUCCUCACCUGGGUCAGCUCAGACCAAGUCCAGCCAGACUCUGAAACAGGUUCUGGAAAGGUUUUACCCCAAACACUACCGUCGGAGCACGUCAGAGGACCAGUUCAGACAGGUGCUUCAGCGUCUUUCCACCCGUUGGGCCUCCCUCAGGGGUCGAAGUUCACCGGAGUGUGUCAGGAUCUAUUUGACCGUAGCCAGGAAGUGGCCUUUCUUCGGUGCCAAACUCUUUGAGGCAGAGUCCAUCACUUCCUCUCCAGAGCAGGGUGCACGUGUGUGGCUGGCAGUGUAUGAGGACGGCAUCAGUGUGCUGGAGCAUAACUCUAUCAAACUGCUGGUGUCUCAUCCAUACAAGAACCUGAUGACAUUCGGUGGCUGCAGACAGGAUUUCAUGCUGGUGGUGGGACAGAGCAUUGGUACAAAUGCCACGAAAGACAAACCCACAGAGAAGCAUCUCUUUGCUAUGUCAGCGUCCAAGAUCAGAGAGAUUACCCUCCUCAUCUCCAGUUACAUCAACAGCGCACAUCAGCAGAAGGCCGCCGCCCACCACCUCUCUGCCCCCGCCCUAAUGGUGGCUCAACCUGUCAAUUUAAAGAGCAAAGAACUCAGGAGCAAAUCACCGCCAGCGACAGGUAGACCCAGCAAGACACCUACUCUGCUGUGA